AUGCUGAAAAAAUACGGUGUUCAUUUUUCGGAUAUCUCCGGAAUGGCUUUAGUCGCCUAUGAUCCAGAUGGUUCUGUAAGAUGGUGGAACAUGGGAUGUACAAUAAAUAUAACUGGAAUAUUGUUUUUUCAAUAUACUGUGAUCACAUAUUGUACCAUUCGAAUGUGUCUUGAAAUGGAAGCAAAACUGGAACUGGUCUCAGAGUCUUUGAGAAACUUGCACAAGCAAUUUUUCAAAACUCUUGUUUUACAAAUUGCUACUCCAACGGUCAUUUUGCUCUUUCCUGUUUUGAUCAUUAUUUAUCUGCCUAUCCUUGACCUGGAACUUGAUGUGCCAACUGGCAUAUUUCUUUGUGCUUUUACUCUAUAUCCAGCCAUGGAUGCAAUCAUUGUGAUGUAUGUUGUGAAGGACUAUAGCAUGGAAAUCAAAAAAAUGUUUAAAAAUGCCUUUGAUGUUUUCACUAGCAGUCUCAGACCGGCAGCAGACAUCACCAACCCCUCUGAAGAAACUAAUGGACUACCUCUUGCUUCAAUCCGUGUUCUUAACUCUUGA